UGAAAAACCCCCUUUUUUGAUCUUCCAUUUAAAUGCGUGAAUUUUCAUAUCUAAAAUCACAAUGCUCAAGCGACCGUCUAGGGUUCGAAUUAUUAGCACUGAAAGUCCAAGCGCUCUGCUCUACAACGGCGAGAGGUAGCGCGGAUGCCCAGGAGGAAAAACCCGUUUCCACGGAGACUAUACCCCGCAGAGAUGUUUGGUGAACCUGAGAUCAGAGAAAUGAAGGGAUACAGGAUGGAAACUGAUUACGUCGAGGUAGAAUGUGGAUGCACCCACAAAUGGCUGGGUGACACCGCUGGGUAUCUUAGGGUUUACAAAGAUGGCCUAUUCCAAAUCAACUGUAACUGUAGCUUAGGUUGCAAGAAAGUGAAUUUGACACCACAUGAGUUUGAGAGGCACUCUGAAAAGAGUGGGAAUUGGAAAAGCCACAUUUGGGUGACAAUAGGUGAGAACAAGGUCCCUCUUGAGGAGACCCCUCUGAUGAAUUACUAUCAGUUGGCUCCCAACGAGGCAAAUCACCCUGCGCGACUCAAAUUCCACCGCGACGAGUUUGUUCGCUGCUCCAGGUGCGAGAAGGAGAGGAGGUUCCGCCUCCGCAGCAAGAAGGAAUGCCGAGCUCAUCAUGAUGCGGUCGCGAAUAGGAGGUGGAAGUGUGGUGAUCCUCCCCACGACAAGAUAACCUGUGAGGACGCAGAAGAGCGUGCUGCUAGCAAACGGUCCAGAGGAUGUCGAUCCCCGUUCUGCAAGGGUUGCCCUAAAUGCGUGUGCUUUGGCUGCCUGAAAUGCCGUUUCUUGGACUGCAGUUGCCGCACCUGCGUCGACUACGUCGGCAAUGCCGAGCCCUGAUGAUGUCGACCUUUCUAUCCUCCUUUGGAUGCAUUGCUUUCCCAGAAUAAAUUGAGAAAACUUUGAGAUUGUUGUCUGGUUUCAUUUUCGACCAUCCGUUUGACCUGAUGGUGGCAAAUAUUUGGCACAUUUACA